AUGGAACAGACCAACCAGAACCAAGAAACCAAUCAAAAUACUCAGGAAAACCAACAAAUUACGUUCCAACCCAAAGAGUACAAAGAAAUGAAGAAUCUCAAAUACAAACUGAUGAUGAAACAAAUAGAAAAGGAAGAAAAGGAAAAAGAAAUUGUUCAAAAGAAAGAAAUCUUCCAAGAGAAAAAGAAAGAACUAAGAGAAGUAGGACAACAAAUCCUCGAAUUAACAAAUCGGCAGGAAGGAUUAAUCCACAAACUGAGAAAAUUGGAAAAUGAAAAUAAUUGGGAAAGAAAAGGAACCUUCAGAUGCAGUAAUUGUGGAGAAACCACUCAUGCAUAUGCAAACUGUCCAAAAGUAAGGUGUGGAGAAUGUGGAGAACUUGGACAUAUCAAAAAGUUCUGUAAAAAUAAGAAGUGCAACAAAUGUGGAGAACUAGGGCAUAUUAGAAAAGAUUGCUACAACUAUACAACAAAAGAAAUAAUGAUUGCAAGAAAGGAAUCGGAAGAAAAUCAUGAUACAAAAUUUACACCUACUGAAAAUUGA